AUGGGCACUGAUGAGGAGGCACUGAUGGGCACUGAUAUGUGGCAUUGAAGUGCACUGAAGAAGCUUCCAGAGCUUAUGGCAGGAGCAGGGGCGAACUGACAACUCAUGGGGCCCCCAGGCAAUAGGGGAUCAUGGGGCCCCUGUGUCUUUGCCGAAACUCAAAAAAGCCUAUGAAAAAAUGUACCAGGGGCAUCUCAUGGAGCCCCCUACUGACCCUGGGCCCUUGGGCAGUGCCCGAGUUUCCUAACGGUCAGUCUGCCCCUGGG